AUGGCAGAGGCGCCGCUCCUGCUGUUGCUGCUGCUGCCGGCGUGGCUGGCCGGCGGCGCCGCCGCUCCGUCCAGCCCUCCACCGCCUUGCCCAGCCGAGUGCGAGCCGCUGCGCUGCCCGCCGCGCUCCCCGCAAGCCUGCCUGGCCGUCGGGGGCAAGCUCCGGCCGGACCGCUGCGGCUGCUGCUGGGUCUGCGCGCCGGGCGAGGGCCAGCCGUGCGCGCCAGGCGGCCUCUGCGCCCCGGGCUUCUUCUGCCAGCGCCGGCCGGCCAUCCGCGGACGGGGCACCUGCUCGUGCGCCGAGGGGCCCCGGGCUGUCUGCGGCAGCGACGGACGCACCUACCGUAGCCUUUGCCAGCUGCGCGCCCGGAACCAGCAGUCCCGCGCGGGCUAUCAGCUACCCGUCGUCGCCGUCCUUAAGGGAAGCUGCGGACAGGCAGGUGCUGUGGACCCCAAUAGCCUAAGGAACAAAUUUAACUUCAUUGCUGAUGUGGUUGAGAAAAUUGCUCCUGCUGUGGUCCACCUGGAACUCUUUCACAGGGUGCUCUACACAAAGGAAGAGGUGCUGGUCUCCAGUGGCUCAGGAUUCAUCGUGUCCGAGGAUGGGUUGAUCCUCACCAAUGCCCACGUUCUGACCAACAAGCAGAGGAUCAAAGUGGAGCUCAAAACUGGCCACCAGUUGGAUGCCCAAAUCAAAGAUGUUGACCAUAAAUUGGACAUUGCUUUGCUCAAAGUAGACACCCAGGUGACCCUUCCAGUCCUCCUGCUGGGCAGAUCCUCUGAUCUUCGGCCUGGGGAGUUUGUGGUGGCGCUGGGGAGCCCCUUCUCCUUGCAAAACACGGUGACAACAGGAAUCGUCAGCAGUACCCAGAGGGAUGGCAGGGAGCUUGGGAUGAAGGACUCUGACAUGGAAUAUAUCCAGACCGAUGCCAUUAUCAAUUAUGGAAAUUCAGGAGGGCCAUUGGUGAACUUGGAUGGUGAAGUCAUUGGAAUGAACACCCUGAAGGUUACAGCUGGCAUCUCCUUUGCCAUCCCCUCAGAUCGGAUCCGCCGCUUUCUGGAAGAAUCUCACAACCGACAGCUGAAAGGUAAGAUUACCUCCAAGAAGAAGUAUCUGGGACUCCGGAUGGUCCCUCUUACUUUCAAUCUCAUCCAUGAGCUGAGACGGCAUGAUCCGGAUUUUCCCAACCUGACCUCAGGUGUCUAUGCUUAUGAAGUGAUACAAGGAACAGCUGCUGCAAGUGCUGGCCUGCAAGAUGGUGAUGUCAUUACAGCAAUAAAUGGGAAACAAGUCACUUCAACCCAUGAUGUAACAGAUGCCGUACAAAACGACGAUACCCUGGCCAUGGUGGUGAGACGAAGAAAUGAAGACAUCCUCCUGACAGUAACUCCAGAUGAAAUUGAUUAA